GUUAAUUGCAAUUCGCCGCCGAGUAUGUAGGUACAAUACAGUUCGGUUUUUCUCUUGCAAAAGUUACCCAACCGAAAUGACAGUAUCUUUGCCAAACUUUUUCUCGAGGUUCUUAGUGAAGAGAUUAUUGUUUUCGUCAAGCUAUUAUCGCCCAAAAAUAUUUUCCAAGCUUGACAUGCACACAACUGAGCGAUUAGGUCACGGAGAAUACGAGUAUCAGGAUCCUACAUCGGAGGACCAAGUCGUUAACGUGGUGUACAUUACUAAACAUGGAGAAAAGAUACCAGUCAGAGGAAAAGUUGGUGACAAUGUAUUGUACUUGGCGCACAGGCACGGAAUUGAAAUGGAAGGGGCGUGCGAAGCUUCCUUGGCCUGUACGACUUGCCAUGUCUACGUAAAUUCUGAUCACAGGGAAAAAUUGCCCACAGCAGAAGACAAAGAGGAAGAUUUAUUAGACCUGGCACCAUUCCUGAAAGAAAAUUCCAGAUUGGGAUGUCAAAUAAUUCUGACCAAAGAAUUAAAUGGAUUAGAACUUGAACUUCCAAAAGCUACAAGAAAUUUUUAUGUAGAUGGUCACACUCCAACACCCCAUUGAAAGCACGAAGAAUUGAAUCUCCUACAUAUUCAGAAUCCUACUUGUAGACGCAUCAUAAUGUAUUGUAUAUAUGAUAUAUUGUACAUAUAACGUAUAAUAAAAACGUCAUCUUUUUUCAUAA